AUGGCUACCCCUGAACAGAAAAAAUCGUUUAUUAGUCUUUGUGGCUCAAUCAUUAGGGAAAAUUACAACGGAGAUCCGCUAGCACUUGAAUCGUUUAUAGACAAAAUUAAUUUAAUUGAAGAUUUUGCAGAUGAAAACUUAAAUACGACUUUUAUAUCAUUUUUGAAAUCGAAACUCGAAGGCAAGGCACGUGAAGCAAUUCCAACAGAAGUUAGUUCAGUUAGGCAAAUAAAAGAUGCGUUGAGAAAUAGAAUAAAGCCAGACAACUCGAAAGUUGUAGCUGGGAAAAUUGCAUCUUUACAUGUCAUAAACAACAAUUAUACGGAAUUUGCUAAGCGUGUCGAGGAGCUUUCGGAUGCUUUAGAGCGCUCUUUGAUCAUUGAAGGUAUGACACAGUCUAAGGCUCAUGAAAUGGCAGUCAAUCAAACAGUUAACGUUUGUAGACUUAAUACUCGGUCGGAUUUGGUCAAAUCAAUUUUAUCGUCAACUACCUUCAGUGAUUCAAAGGACGUAGUGGCAAAAAUGAUAGUCGAACAAAAUAAUCAAGUGAAAGAGUGCCAAGUGUACAACAAUAACGCUGAUAACAGUAGGUACAGCAAUAACGGUUCAAGGCAUAACGGUAACAAUUUCAACAAUAAUAGUAAUCGGUCAUCAAACAACAAUCGAAACAAUAACAGCAACAAUAAUAGUAAUAGACGUCCAAAUUCACGCAGUAAUGCUAAUGUGCGCGCUUUAAACGCCCACGCCCCUCAGGAGCGAACACUGAGGGCGGAAGAAAUGGACAACUAA